AUGCCCACUGGGCCAGUGACACCGGAGGCGGUACGACGUAUGGAGGAAGCGCGGCUCAAGGCAAAAGCCCGCCGCGUCGAACAUGAUGCAGCAACCGGUCUCUCCGGCCCACCAACCGCCGCCGGCCAGAAGCGGUCCUACGCAUCCAUGGCCACCAGCUCACGACCAUCGGUCCCAGGGAGUGCCCCGACGACCGCCCCAGGCGGCAUCCGACCUGCCCCCAAGGACCCUCACCUCCAUUCGUCCAAGAAAUUCCUAGCGCAGAACUACAUCGAGUACGACUUCUCGAAGAUGUCCGACUCGCGCGGCGGGUUCCUGUCUGCACAAGACGACCCGCACAACCGGGCGAUGCAGCACCCGACUAACGAACCGGAACGGCCGGCGCACAUGACCGAGGCGGAGUGGGAGCGGCAUCGGCUGUUGCAGAGCCUCCGGAAGAACCGGGCGGGCCCGUUCGAGCCGGGGAUCAGCGUCCUAGACCGGGGGACGGAGCAUAAGAAAUGUCAGGAGUGUGAGAGUUUGGAACUGGAUUGGCAACUGGACGACGUGUUUGGGGUCAAGGUUUGCAAGGCGUGCAAAGAGAAGCUUGGGGACAAGUAUAGCCUCCUGACGAAGACGGAGUGUAGGGAGGACUAUCUGCUUACGGACGAGGAACUCCGCGACGAGAACCUGUUGCCGAGAUUGGAACGGCCAAACCCCCAUAUGCCACAUUGGAAACCCAUGAUGCUAUUUCUGCGGUUACAGGUCGAGGAGUAUGCGUUUGGACCGAAGCGAUGGGGGAGUCAGGAGGGGCUGGACCAGGAGUGGGAACGACGAGAGGCGGACAAGAAGGUGCGCAAGGACAAGAAGUUCAGAGAGAAACUCGACGAUUUGAAGAAGAAGACGCGAGUCGAGGCGUAUCGACGGGGCAAGGCCGCGGAGAUGGCGGCAAGGAAGCGUGGCGACGAUGAUGUCCAGGUCAGGGCGGGAGAGUUUGGCCAAAGGGUAAUCCGGAGGGGCGAGAAGCACGAGCAUGAAUGGGGGAGGCCGAUAACAGACCCGGGGACGGGGUCGGUGAAGAAACGGUGUGUCGAAUGCGGCAUGGAGGUUGAGGAAUUGGAGCUAUGA